AUGGAAAGAUCUGAAAUUGAGAUGAAAGAGUCAAAUGAUGAUGGUAUCAAACUGAUUGAUAAAGCAGUUCAAAAGGUACGGGAUAGUGUAAAAUUUGUAAAGAGUUCUCAAGCAAGGAAGGUGAGGUUUGCAGAAAGUUGUGGGCAAAUAGGUUUGAACACCAAGAGGGGCUUACAUGGAGAUGUUAGUACAAGAUGGAAUUCAACAUUCCAGAUGCUUGAUGAUGUUUUGUUCUGUCGUCAAGCUUUUGACAACUUUGAGAACUUAGAGUCAAACUAUAGAGAUCUCCCUACUGAGGAGGAGUGGGCAAAGAUUCAAAAAAUUACAAACUUUUUGAAACCUUUUGAGGAAAUCACGAAGCAGUUACCUGGUUCAAAAAAUCCAACCUCCAAUUUAUAUUUUGUAAAUGUGGUUCAUAUUUAUAUGCGUUUAAAUGAUGGGUCUUUGUUUGAGAGAGAUUUUAUGUUGGAGAUGGUAUCUUCCAUGAGAGAGAAAUUCAAUAAAUAUUGGGUGAAAUAUUCAUUGAUUUUAUCCGUUGGUGUUGUUUUUGAUCCCUGCUAUAAGUUGGGAGUUAUUGAGUGGGCAUAUGAGGAGAUCCAUGGUGAUGAUAAAUUACUCAUUGAUGAGUCUGUUGACCGUGUUGAGGAUCCGUUCACUAAGUGGUCAAACAGGAAGAAGCCUAUAGCUGAUGAGAAGUCUGAAUUGGACCAAUACCUUGCAGAAGAUAGAAAACCAUCAACCGAGGAAUAUGAUGUUUUAAUAUAUUGGAAGGGAUGUGAGGGCCAAUACCCUGAUUUGUCUUGGCUAGCCCGUGGUAUUUUGGCAAUUCUUGUGUCCACGGUUGCGUCUGAGUCUACAUUCAGUGCUGGGUUAGAGUGA